GACCGCCAGUUGUGCGGCGGGGGACAGGUUUGGGGACGGACCGCCUGUUGUCCUUGGGCCUAGCGCUCGGGCUGCGGGCGACGGGCCCGGUGUGUGUCGCUCUCCGUGCUCCGGCCGGUCUCCGCUCGCCUUCUCCUCCUUCUCGCCUGGGCUGGCGCCAUGGGGCUCUUCCCGCUCCAGAUCCGGUUGCCGGACGAUGCGCGGUCGCUGCCGCCCCAGCCGGUGUUCAGCCCGGUCUCGCUCUGGAUGGGCUUCAUGGGCUGGGUGGGCGCCCUGCUCGAAAACGGCAUCAACCAGAGGCCUAUCCUGGGAUGCGGUGUCCAUCGGCAAGUCCUGUGGGUUUCAGCAUUCUUUUAUGCCGGCUAUUGGUGGAAUAAACGAUCAACUUACAACUUUGCGAAAAGAGACCGAGAUAUUGCGGAGUACAUAAGGCAUCAUCCUGAGGACUUUAAGGCAAAAGAAAAGAAAACCAUGGCAGAAGUUCUGGAGAAGUUCUAUCCAGUUCGUUGAAGACCUCGCAAGCAAAUGCAUAUAAGCCAGAGCUACUCUCAAUGGGCUUUGCAUAGAAUGUACUUCAGCAGUUGGGACAGAAUAACUGAUUAUAUAUGUGGACUGUAAUCUUAUGACAGUGAUGAAUAAAUACACUAUGCUUUC